CAUAUGAUUCAUUCAAACACUCCGACAAACCAGAUUUUAUAUUACAAAAUUAUUUUAUUUUUCGCCGUCAAACGUGUCAGUUGUGCGCGGAACUGAUCGGGAGUAUAUAUACUAAUAUGGUUGGUACGAAUAGAGAAAAGAGUGAUAACAAAAGAUAGCUUGUACGCAACUUUGGCAAGAUUUCACUAUUUGUUUUUGCUUCUUAUGGUUUUUGUGUGCUUUAAAAAGAAAUGAGAUUUUUCUUUAUAAUCAAAGAAUUUGUCUCUAACCCGACGACCGCUCGACGGCAAAAAGCGAAAAAAGUUUUCAUCAGUGACAAGUUACUAAAUGGAAGGUGUGUUUUUGAUAGCUAGAAGUGAAAUAUAAUGGCAGUUUUGGAGUAUCGAUAAAGCUACCUUUCAACUUAAAUUGCAUGAGUGUAAAUCAAUUGAUUUCCAAUUGAAAGAUACAAAGAAAAAGCCAGGUGUCCAAGGCCAAGUGUUUGCGUGAAAAGCAAGUGGAGUAAAUAAAUACCGUAUAGCGAAAAGCAAAUAAGUGUAACUAGUGCAACUAGUCCCGAUAUAAUUACGAACUGAAUUAGAAGGAAUAAUCAUAAUACUCAGAUUUUAUGCAAAGCUGUGUCCAUAAUGCAAAAACAAAACGUAAACACCACAUUAGAAAAGGUAUCACUAUAGGAUAAGUGGUUCACGAGUUGUGUGUAAUUGUAGCAACCUUGACGUAGUUAAUAGUUUUGCCUAACAGCGGAAAACCGCUGUCUAAGAACCAGCAGUCACAACAAUGGCCAGACUUACGGAGGAAAUGGUCAUUGCCCGAUCCAAACAAUCAGAUCUGGCUGCAAUAAAAAAACUGAAUUGCUGGGGAAGUGAACUAAGUGACGUGUCCAUCAUCAGACGCAUGCGAGGCGUGGAAGUGCUGGCGUUCAGUGUAAACCGGAUUAAUACUCUGGCAGAUUUUGAAAACUGUCUGAAUCUUCAGGAGCUUUACCUCAGGAAAAACAACAUUACGGAUAUUGAUGAGCUGAUAUAUCUGCAGAACCUUCCCAAACUUAAAUACCUCUGGUUGGAAGAGAAUCCAUUAGUGGAUAAUGCAGGACCAAGUUACCGCCAGAUAGUUCUCCGAGCGUUGCCAAAUCUCAAAAAGUUAGAUAAUGUAGAUGUUACUCCCGAGGAAGUCACGGAUGCGAUGCGAGCGCCGGUCGCUCAACAGCAACCACGACAAGAUAUUUACGAAGAUUCUCCUCCACCACCUGUACACCAGCAGCAACAACACCAGCAACAUCGUAAUCAAAGUCCUGUUGUUGAACAAUCGCAAAUUACCACCCCGUCGUCAUCAGCGCCAAUGAUGCAACCGCAACAGACAAGUCCGGAAAAUACGGAAUCGGAAUGCAUCAGCGAUCCGGCCGAUCGUGGCUCUCUACCCUCAUCUCCAUUGCAGCGGAGUCCUACGAACCGGGAUAGCUACUCGCCUCCACCGCAAACUCCACAUGCUUCGCACUAUCCCAGUAAUCACCGCAGUUCUUAUCACCAAUAUGACAGAUCCCCAGGAUCCGAGGAUAGUCCUGUAUCAGGUUAUAGAGAAAGGGUACCGAUAGCUCCAAGUAUUUCGACACACUCAAUGAAGGAAUAUUAUCAGUCCGACUAUCAACGCCAGAAUCCGCCUGUCCACUACCGCCACAGCCAGUUAGAUCUGACGGAAUGGGACGAGAGUAGUCAGAAUCCGCAUCAUAUGAACAAUAACAAUGGCCAUUCAUCGAGCCAUGUGAAUAACUACCAUCACCAGCAGCAUCAUGCAGCGGGCCAUCAGAAUCGUCGAAGCAUUGGUGGAAAUAGCGAACGAGAUCUAUACCAAUAUCGCAAUGGGAACAGCAAGGGGCCGGAUUCCCGUGAUGAAUGGGAAGAAGUUGAUCGGCGGAGGAAUGAAAACAGACGGUCAGAUUCAAAAUUCAACGACAGUGCAAGUGUAAUAUCGAAUGCGGUUCUGAAUCACUUCGCGGGAGUUCACAGGCGGCCUGUCAAUAGAAGUUCUAACCUGCUCUCAGCCACUCUAUGUUUGGUGAAGGAACUGGAUUAUCCAAGUCUAGAAGUAGUCGAGCAUGCAGUUCGAUGUCGUAUCGAUGAAUUAGCGGAGUAGAAGUGAACUGAACAAAAGAAUAAAUUUCACUGCUCUGACACUAACCGUACUUUCUGAUAAUACCCAAUCUUCGAUAUUUGGUAAUGCAGCAUGAGAGCUUUUCGUUAAGGAACUUAAUUUUUAUUCUUAGAUGCUAAUGAACCGUUAAACCAUCUUAAUUCGUACUACUCAUCUGUUAUACUUAAUACAAUCGUGGGUUGUUAACAUUAAAUUCGUAUUUUAACAACUUUAUUGCACGUGAUAAGAAAUAUUUUGCUUGUUCAAACAUUUUUUGACAGUGGAAACUAAUUUGUGAUUCACGUGAAUUGAAUAAAGACUUAACCACACGCGCCGGCAUGAGUGAAGACGAUCAUGAAUGAUAAAAAAUACGCUCCGAGUUGACAACAAUUAGUAGAACAACAAUAAUCUGCCAAUUAUGUUAUAUACAACAAUCGAAUUCCAUGCGUUCAUGGGUAGCUAUUUUAAGAACAAGUUCAACGAAAGCACUAAAUUAUGUUUAUUUUGUUAUGUUCACAAUUCUGUCAUCUGCAGCUUUAAAAGAUACAUGCGUUCUAGAAAUAGUUUGCAAAAAUCAGUCCAAUAUCAGUACAAAUAAUGACAGAAACAUGAAAAUGGGUCACAAAAGCCAUGCAGCUGUUGUCCCAUCGUUGAAACUUGGUUUUAGUACUCGAAAGAACGAUGCAUUAGUGAAAUGGUAAAUUAAAAAAUUGCAUGCAAAUUUGUGUUCAAGUUUGUUUUGUACACAGGCAAAGUGCUUCAUAGCGUCAUCUGUUCCUCAAGUUGUGCAAUUAAAUCCAGUCAUCUGCAAAUUCGUCCAGAAAAUUUUUGUUCAAUAGUACAGCAACAUUAUCCUAGCAGUAACCGUUAUCGAAAUUGUUGAAAGGAAAAACGUUUUAAACGUAUAAUGCAAUAGGUACACAGCAUAAAUGCUAAACAAUAUAAUACAAUAAU